AUGGAAAAGGCUCGAAAGAAUGAGUCUAAUGCGACCGACCUCUGGGAAAAGGAGCAACUGUUGAAGAGCACAUACCAAGUGGGCACAAUCUUCGCCGACGACUUCAUUGUCGUCGACAAGUCCCCCAACAGUCUCAUGCUCCGCGGUGGUCUUUCCCCUAGAGUUUCCCCAGAAGGUCCACGUGAGAUGGACACCUUUAUCACUCUCACCACGGAGCUUGACCCCCAGACCCGAGUCGCAAGAUUCAACCUCAAGUCCAUGGUUCUUGACGGCGUCAGCGAGGGCAAAGGCGUGCCUCUAGGCGGUGUAGAGAUAUUCAUGCACCAGCAGUAUGCCAAACUGUUGUUGACAGCCGGCGUAGACCAUUGCGUUGCGUGA